GCCCGUAACGGUCGUGUCACGUGGCGCGCUCUCCUCAGGCUCGGUUCAGGGUCGGGGGCCCACACUGGUUGCCGCUGUUUCCCUCGUCCCGCGCUCCCGGCGCUCUUCCGGAACCCGCGGCGUGUGGGAAGUGCGUAGGAAGUCGUAUAAACAAAAAAAAAAUUCUGUUAGUGCGCGCCGCCGCGUUAGUAGUUCCCAAGCCACCUGUUGGAAGUUGUCAAUCCUGCCGAUCGCGUGGUUGCGCGGUGCAGCAUGUAAUCGAGUAGACAGUGCGUACACGCAUCAAGUGGCAAGAUACCGCAAGCACACACCCGGAAACAUCUCUCGAGUACCCGCUAGGUGGCGCAUCUUUCGCUUCGCCGCGUCUCCUUGAACAAUGGCAGGGCUGCCUGGCGUUUUCGCUCGCCUGUAAAAAGGGAUUUCUACUAAGGCUGCUGUCAGCGGGCGGAGUCGACCCACGCAGAACCAUGAUUGGACGAAGGUUCCUGCUAAUGCUGUUUCUGAGUGUCGGCUGCAAAGACGUGACGGCGAACCGGCCGCCGGCCUUCAGCAGGGACAUGGACAACGCGGUGGUGUCGGAGAACACGCCGGUGGGGCAGCAGGUGUACCAACUGGAAGGCAGCGACCCGGAGGGCUCGCCCGUGCACUACGGCCUGAUCGGCACGGACCACCUCGCCGUGGACGGGCGGACGGGCGCGGUCACCGUGGCGCGGCCCCUGGACAGGGAGGUAAACGACACUUUGAGGUUAACUGUGACCUUGGAAGACGAGGUUCCAGGCGGCGCCCCCAACAUUGUCAGGGUGCCGAUCUCCGUGAUCAUCUUGGACGACAAUGACAACUCUCCAGUUUUCAAAGGGGUCCCGUACGAGACCGACGUGCCCGAGGACUCCCCCGUGGGGACGACCAUCUUCCAGCAGGUCCGCGCCGAGGACCCUGACGUCAUCGGCGACGCGCUGGAGGUCAGCUGCUCCGAGAAGACCGACUCCUCGGGGGGCUCCGCGCCGUGCUCGAGGUUCGCCAUCGUGACACUCAACGCCACGUCGCGCCGCUACGACGGCGCCGUAGUCCUCCGGGAGCCGCUGGACUACGCCAAGAAGCAGUUCCACCACGUCGUCCUCAACGCCACGGACGGCACGCACCACGGCAGCACGGUGCUGGCGGUGAAGGUGCGCGACGUGCAGAACUCGCCGCCAGAGUUCCUGGGCUCGCUGUCGGGCGUGGUGCAGGAGGACGACCCCAUCGGCACGCUGGUGAUGACGGUGCGCGCGCGCGACCGGGACCGCGGCCAGCCGCGCAGGGUCACCUACGAGCUGGUCACCAACCCCUUGGACUACUUCCUGCUGGACCCGAGGACGGGCGAACUGCGAACAGCCAAGCCCCUGGACAAGGAAGCCCUAGCAGAUACAACUGGAGUCAUCAAUCUUACUGUCAGGGCUCGCGAGAUAGUGGACGGCGUGCCAGGCAACGACCCGCUGACGGCCACCACCGCGGAUGCCACGGUCACCAUCAAAGACGUGAACGACGAGCCCCCGACGUUCAACGAGCGCGAGUACAGCACGGUCAUCCCCGAGAACAUCGCGGUCGGCACCACGCUGCCCCACCUGGACAUGACGGUGCACGACCCUGACGUGGGCUCAAACUCGGCUUUCUCGUUGCGACUUAACGACGUGUCAGGUGCGUUUGCUGUGGAGCCUGCCACAGCUGUGGGUUCCACGUCCAUCAAUAUCCGUGUGGCUAAUGGCUCCUUGGACUACGAGAACCCAAACCAGAGGAAGUUCAUUGUCUUGGUGAUAGCGGAGGAGCUGCACACCGACCCGAAGCUGUCGUCGACGGCGACGGUGACGGUGAGCGUCGCCGACACCAACGACAACGCGCCGGUGUUCGAGCGCGAGGGCUACGCGGCGCGCGUGUCCGAGGGCGCCCCCGGCGGGACGGUGGUGGCCUCGGGCUCCGCCUCCGACCGCGACAGCGGCAGGUUCGGCGCGGAGGGCCUCGUGUACGCGCUGUACGGCGUCGGCUCCGAGAGCUUCUCAGUGAACAACAAGACUGGUGUGGUGUCCGUCGCACCGUGUGCUACCCCGGGAGUAGCGCCUUGCCUCGACUACGAGAAGAAGAGUAUGUACUUUCUCACCUUGAAGGCGACAGACAACGAUGGUAAAGGCCACUCUGCUGUUGUGACGCUGGUGAUAUCACUGCUCGAUGCAAACGACAACAGCCCUGUUUUUCCCAACCACAACUAUCGAGCAGCGAUUGAUGAGGGCGCAAACAAAUUUGAACCAGCUCUGAUAAUUAGUGCCCGUGAUGCUGAUAACUCCUCAAAAAUAAGUUACUCAAUAGUUGAAGGCAAUAGUAACAACUUGUUCCUCAUUGACAGUCACACAGGAGAGAUAACUGUAGCUGACCCUAAAGGCCUCGACAUGACAAAUGUAACCAGCAAUCCCAUCCAACUCACUAUUGAGGCGAGCGACGAGCAGUUCACGACCACGGCCGCGGUGAACAUCUCGGUGCGAGACGUCAACAACAACCACCCCGUGUUCGGCAGGGAGAGCUACGUAGCGUCCGUUCAGGAGGACACUCCCGUCGGUACAAGCAUAGAACAGUUGCAAGCGACAGAUGCAGACACCGGCAUGAAUGCUGAGAUAUCGUAUGCGAUCCAGACCGGGGCUUUCGAGGACUUUGCAGUGAACAACGAAACUGGGCUGCUUACCAUAUCGGGCAAGCUGGACUAUGACCGUAAGAACACGUACGCCAUAGAAGUUAUCGCUGUGGAUAAUGGUGUACCUCGACUUACUGGAACGACCACAGUUACCAUCAACGUCCUGAACAGCAAUGAUAAGGACCCGUACUUUUAUCCAGCGACUCAGAGGGCUGAGGUGCCGGAGGAUGCUGUGCCUGGAAUGGUGUUCUACACGCUGCAAGCCAAGGACCCAGACAUCAACGACACCGCUGCUCUGAACUUCGCGGCGGCAGAGCCAAUCACAGCGAUCGACAAGAACGGGAGGCAGGUCACGGACAACAAUGCGUUCAAGGACUUCUUCUCAGUGGAUCAAGCAACAGGUGAAGUAUCAGUGGCUAAACCACUGAUACGUGAGAUAGCUUCAGUUGUGAGGCUAGGUGUGGUGGUUACUGACGUAACCGCUCCCACGACGCAGGAAGGCAAAGGAAUCCUGGUUGUGACGAUCGUGGACGUCAAUGACUUUGCACCUGUAUUCGCGAAGCCGUGGACAUCGGAGGACCCUAGCUACACCAUCGAUGUGGUGGAGAACCAGCCGCCUGGAACCAUACUCGACACUUUCACUGCAACCGACGCAGACUCUAACAUUGAGUACUACGCCAUCGAGCCAGAGAGCGACUACUUUGAAAUUCACAAUGCUUCAGGUCUGGUGAAGACCAAGAUAUUGAUCGACUACGAGGAAGUGAAAGCUCUCAACUUCACCGUGGUGGCGUACGACUCUGGCAAGCCCCAGAAGUCCACCAGUGCCCUCGUGAAGGUCAACGUGAUAAAUGUGAAUGAUAUGGCUCCAGUAUUUACGCAGGACAGCUACGAAGCCUCGGUGAAGGAGAACUCCCCGGUCGGGACGCUCGUGACAGUCGUGAAGGCGACGGACGGAGACGAGGGCGUGUUCGGUGCGGUCAGCUACAGCCUGGUGGGGGAGCACAGCUCGGACUUCACCGUCGACCACAACUCGGGGGAGGUGAAGGUCGCGAACCCAGGCCUGCUGGACCGCGAAGCCACCCCCGACGUGACGAUACAAGUGAUGGCCAGUGACGGCGCAUCCCCGGACACCCGGAAAACAACGUCCGUGCCGGUCCACAUCAAGCUGCUGGACGUGAACGACAACAAGCCGGUGUUUCUGCGCAGGGACUACCCAGUGUCCAUCGUCGAGAACAUCGCCCUCUCCCCCCCGGCCCCCAUCGUCAAGGUGGAGGCGGAGGACGCUGACGAGGGCGUCAACGGAGCGGUGCGGUACAGCAUCGUGUCUGGAAACACGGGCGAUGUUUUCAGGCUGGACGAGGAGAAGGGUAUCUUGUACCCGGCCAAGUCGCUGGUCGGCGAGCCGCGCGAGUUCCUGCUGGUGGUGCAAGGUCGCGACGGCGACGGGAACGGCCAGUUCACCGACCAGGCCACGGUGAACGUCGCCGUUCUCAACGUGAACCAGCACAAGCCGGUGUUCAUCAUGCCGUCGAACCUGAACGCAACCGUCGAAGUUCCCGAGAGCGCGGGCCUGCCCAACUACCUGGUGAUCACGGUGAAGGCCGUGGACAAGGACGCGGGGGAGAACGGCCGCGUGAGCUACCACUUCCGCGUCGGCAACGAGAACAAGCAAGAGACGGAGGAGUUCUUCAUCGACCCCGACACCGGAGAGCUGAGGACCAAGAUCAUCCUGGACAGGGAGGCCAAGGACAAGUACGAGUUGUUCCUGGUGGCCAAAGAUCACGGCUCGCCCACUUCCUACGAAACACUGCACAUGCUCGUGGUUGAGCUGCGAGACAUUAACGACAACGUGCCUGAGUUCCCUCGCGACGGAUCGUCCACGCCCUAUACGUUCCGGGUGCUGGAGAAUGUGAGGGAUUCCAAAUUUGUUGGUAAAGUGGAAGCAAUAGAUCACGACAUUGGCAAUCACGCCCUUGUCUACUACUACAUCAUACUGGGCAAUGACAACAACACCUUCACCAUCAACAAGCUAGAUGGCAGCAUCUACACGAGCAUUGUGUUUGACCGGGAGCAGGAAGACAGCUACGAACUGUACAUAAAGGCAACGAAUGAUCCAAAUUACUAUCCAACUAAGGAGGAGAAAUCGGAUUUGGGUAGAUUAAAAUCGGACAUUAGCAUUGCCCAAGUUAAAAUCAUAGUCCUGGAUGAAAAUGAUAACCCUCCAAAGUUUGAUAAGAGAAACUACUAUGCAGGCGUGAACGUGAUGGCGAACGUGAACGAGUUGGUGACGAAGCUGACGGCGACGGACCCCGACCUGGGGGACAAUGGGACGCUGGCGUACUACAUCGCGGCGUCGAACCUGUUCAAGUACGGCUCGAGCCACUCGUCGGGCUCCAUCGUCCCGUCGCCCUUCAACGUGACGGAGGCGGGCAAGCUGCUGACGGCCAACUACAUGGCGGAGUACAACCAGCACCGCUUCGUGCUGGAAGUGGUGGCCCGCGAGAGGGCGGCGCCCGGGCGGGAGGCCGUCGCCCGAGUGCACGUGUGGAUCUUCGAGCCGGAGCAGCUGAUCCGCGUGAUCCUGUCCCGGCCGCCGGAGGAGGUGAACCAGGAGCGAGACGAGAUCGUGGCGGAGCUGUCGAACGUCACCAGCAGCCUGGUGGUGGUGGACGACAUCCGCUACCACGUCGACUCCGCGGGGCAGAUCCGCCACGACUGGUGUGACAUGUACCUGCACGUGGUGGACGGAUCCACCCAGAACAUUGCACCCAUCCCAGAAGUCCUGAAAGUUAUCGAUGCCAAGUACGACUUUCUCAAGGAUUACUAUGCUGGUUUCGCCAUUGAGAACGUUGUUCCGGCGUUUGUUGGCAUCCGCGAAGAAGCAUUCGACCCGGCACUGGCCGCUCUGAUUGCUCUCAUGGUGGUGCUGUUUGUGGGCUGCGUCACGUUCAUCGUCGUCUGCUGCUGCCUGCGCAACUGGAUCAUCAGUCCCCCCAGCGACCUCAAGAAGAAGGAAGCUCUCAUCAAGAAGGAAAUUGUCGACGACCUGACCACGACGGAGAACCCUCUUUGGAUAGAACAGAAGCUUAAACUGUACGAGGAGCAAGAGCUUACAAUGCAAGUGUUCAGUGAGCCAGAGAACGCUGUCCUGACGACUUCGCCACAGACAAACGAGCGCAGACAAUCGGCAGAUUUCUCUCAGGUGGACAACACGUACGCCACGAUACAGCACCCUCCCGCGCGGCCGCCGGGGGGAGAGGACCAGGGCGACUACGCCACUCUGUCCGGAGGCACGGCCCACCGCCCAGGCAGCGCGCACAGCUCCGUGCGCGGCGCGCCCCGAGACCAGAUGUUCGAAGCAUCUCUCGGCUUUCACGGGUCUACGUUCCAAGUUCCAAACUCCACGUUGAACCCAGCGACCAGCUCUACGACAGUCGGCCAAGAUCCCUUCGGAUCGCAGAUGGCCCUGAGCAUCAACAAACACGGGCAGCCAGAGUUUGUAGCUGAACUUAUUUAACUUUGGUAUGUUUUGCCAGUUAAGCUCAUGGAGUGCCCAAUAGUGUUGAUAAACGACAGUUUUAAUUUAUACGAUGCAAACUUUCUUCUUUGAGAAAUUACAGUUUGCUACAAUUCCUGUAAUGGAUCUUUCACAAACCUGUUGUCGACAGUUUUCCGAGCAGCAAGUUUUGUACCGAAAAUCUAUAUAGUUGUGAUAGACCUCAGAUGCACAGGAGACUGACAAAAUUAUUUUUGGGUUCUAGGCAACCAAUGGAAACAUAUUUUGAGUGCAAAAUGUUUUCAAGAAACAGACCAGAAGACUGUGAAUAUACAUGCACAGUGCACAUGUGUUUUUUUAAAAUGGUGCUUAAUAUUUUUUACAUGUUUGUAAGUAUAAACCUGUUUGCUUAGGCAAUUUUUAGAGAAAACAUUUAUCUGUUACAUAGCUGGGUGAUACUGUUAAACUUCAUAAUUCAAUUUUAGAGAGAACAUUGUAUAAAGAUGAUGUGUGGAACACAUUUGUAACACUGUAAUGUUGAAUUAAUGAAGUUUUACUCGUGUUGGUAGCAGUGGCUUGUAAUUAUGUACCUUUCUUUUUAGAAUGUUGUCAAUAUAUUUCUUGAAUGAUUUUUUUUAUCUCAUAACAUUAGUAUUUCAGCAAUUCAUAUGUACAUAUAUGUUACAUUUUAGGCAAUUUACAGAACAGAACUAAGUUAUGUACCAAUACAUUAUUUCAAAGUAGUGUGUGUAAAAUAUUUUAUACUGGCUGACAAAUACAGUUUAAUGAUUGACAGUCAUUAUUGUAAUGUGAGUGUUACCAUAAGAUGUCCCAGGAAACCAUAUUUUAUUGUGUUUUUUGGUAGGUAUUAUAUAAUACAACUGGAUGCUAGUUAAAUGCUAAGUUGAGUAAAUUGCAGUCUCGAGGGUUUGCAGAUCUCAAAUGCUUAAAAUGUCAACUAACGAUAAUUCAUGGCCUGCAUUAUGUUAAGCAUAUUAGAAUGACAAAUAAUUAGUCCAUGACAUACUUCUCAGUGAUUUUGUUGCACAUAAAACAUGAUCAUUACCUAUACUGCUAUAUUGUGUGUUUGUCAGCAUAUAAUGUAAGUCCAUGACUAAUGUUGCAGAAAAAGUUAGUUUGGUAAUUUAAGUUAUACAAAGUAAAUUCCCUUUUAAUUUUUGUAGUUUUUUCAUCUGUUAUCAAUUCAGUUGCAGGUAAUUAUAAUUAUAAGCAGUUUACAACUCUUGAUUUUGUUACUGGGAGAAAAUACCUUUACAUAAAAUACAAACACUAAGUGUUCAUUGUCACAGAGCCCUCUGUUAUAUAAUAAAUAUUAGGUAUUGUAAAAUUGUGCAAUUUUUACCCAAAAUAUAAAAUAAGUGAAAUUAAUAAUCUGAUAAAAGAAACACAGUUAAGAGCCAAACAUUUAUUGCCACAAGAACACUGGCCAUCUUCCCACAUCUGUCUUGUCUGUUAUUUAUGCUUCAUGCUCAUUGGCUUUAUCGAUAAGUAAUUGUAAGUACGGUGUUGCGCUUCUCGAUGCUAUGCACUAUGACUCAUAUUGUCAUAUUCAUAACAAAGUCUCCAUCUGAGUGAUUAAAACUGCCUGAUGCAAUCUGGAAGAUCCUAUCGCCUCAAGUCUCAAAACUUGUAACGAUUUACCUCACUUUAAAGUAAAUCUCACUUAAAGUUUAAGUACCAUAUAUUUUUUAAUCGUAACAAGAAGUUUUUACAUUUAAUAACAGAAUAGUGAAACAGUGAACUCCCAAUUAUCCGAGAUAAUGACUGACAAGGGGUCCAUGGAUAACUAAAAAACACGGUUAAAGCAAUGUCGAAGAAAAAAAAACUGUUUAAUUGGAAUUUUUCUAUCCUGAAUUUCUAGACAAACACUGUAGAAGGUUGUACGUAAUAGCAGGCGUAAUUUACAGAAAAUGUUGCAGUACAGAUCACUAAAACAUAGUUGUAUUUUGUGUCUACCUGAUCAAUAAUUUUAAAUUUUUGUUGUAAGUCAAGAACCACUUGUUUGCACUUAUUAUUAGACAUUACUGUCUAAAGUUAUGACAGAAAAAAUCCUGCUGGGUUGCGACUGCGCCUUGAAACUACGCAGGCCUGUUAUCGCUCGCAUGAGUCACGGAACAGCCGCGCCUGAGCACGGUUCGCAAGGGCACACGGAACACAAGGCCGCAUGGCUUGCAGGGGUGUGUUUAUAAUUUACCCCAGCAGUUUCGAAGUUCAUGAUGCACACUAAAACUUACCAGCUGUUUUUUUUUUUUUGGCAGCAUUUUUUGACUUGAAUCACAGCAUAAAACACUCUGUCACAUCAAAAGAUCACAAUAAUUAAAAAAAUAAAUAGUGCAAAAUUAUUUUUGUGUUUAUUGUUUAUGAAAGUGAAAUAUGGGAUGGUUAACCCACAAACCCGAUAACUCGCACCCGGGUAAUCAGGAGUCUACUGUAAGUAGUGAUGUCAGACUCAAUUCCUCGAUUCUUGCGAUUCUGUAAGUGUUGACUGUAUCAAGAAUUGAUGCAUAUUAUUGCUUUAGCUUAUGCCACUUUUGACCGAUGUUAGGUACAAUUUUUUUUUCACCUAUGCAACUUUUGACCACAGUUAUUUUUAUUUAUCACCUCACACUCUUCAUCGGAUGCGAAUAGAUGUCUAUUCUUCUUCCAUAGGAUUAAAAAAUUACAAUAAUUUUGUAACUUCAUACAAGAUGGACAUUGGUAAAUUGAUAGAACCCUGAAAGUUAAAAAAAUUUAAAAAUUAUAUUAUUAUUUAUUCCAGUAAAUAGUCUUAUUAUACAUGUCCCAUGUGUAAUUUAUAGAAAUACAUUUUUUUUUAAUUACAUCAAUAUGUGAACUUAUGUAAUGUAUAGAGACACGGAAAUUUCACGAAUCGCGAUAUCGCGAAAUAACACCGCGAUAUCGCGAAAUAACCGCAAUUUACCUUAAUUCGCGACAAAACACCGAAAUCGCACAGCAUCGAGAAAUAAAACUGAUAUUAAUAUUUUGAGUAUUUUGUGCCAAGAUAAUAAUUAGACUCUGGCUAAUGAAUUAGACCACCCAUGCAAGACAUCGCAAAAAAUAAGUAAACACGACGUUAACUGCACAUCGCCAUUUUUCCAAGUUCCAACAUGGCCGCUUUGUAGUAAUGAAAGUAAAUAAUGAUUUACAGUAUUCCCGUCACGUAAUCAUGACAAUUUGAAACGAAAGCAGUAACUGCAAUCAUAAACAAAUUAAAAAGAGAAAAACGUACCUGAGCAUCAACACAAAGUUAAUAAAAAAAAUACCGGCGAUGUUUUCAACACAAUAUAGCUGCCAUGAUUUUCAACCCACUUCUUUGCUGCAAACUGUCGCCUUACAGCUGUAUUUACACAUUAAUCUUGUAGAGAAAUAUUAAUUUUUAAUUCUUCCUUUCAUGUUGAACGGUUAACAACCUCAUGCUUUCAACUACGUUUGACUGGCUUGGCAACCUACUCGUAAACAUGAACACAUGGCACUACACCGAUUGAUAAGCAAAAUCAGUGACCUUUAACUUCCGUAACUACACUUCACAGCAAAUGCAACACGGCCGCAGAGCAAGUGAAUUGAGCGUCAACGGGACAAAGAACAGCAGCAAGAAAUAUUACAAGAAUACUAAGUUGAGACAUGCCGUGCCAAGGCACCGGACGAAGCGGCACAGGGCCGUGCCGAGGCAGCGCGCUAGGCGACACCGGGCCGUUCCGAGCUGUUUCAAGCCUACAAUUUUUAUUUGCCAACAGUGUUGACUUUAAAGUGCAGUAUACGCCGUGCCACUAUUAUUUAGCCAAGCAAAACUUGUAGUUAAUAAAACCAUUCUCAAAAGUUAAACAUGAAAACCCAAAACAGCGAAAUAAAACUGAAAUUUGAUUUUUUCAAAACAAAAUUUAAGGAAAAAUAAAACCACUUUCACGGGACUCUAGUAAUGUACAUUGUUACUACAAUGGCACUGUAAAAGGGUGAAAACUUUAUAAAGUUGUAAUUAUUACAUUCCUAGAGAACUUUAGCCAUCUAAGAUGGUGCCUUAUGCACAAGUGACCAUCUUCUUAGAAAACGGUCUUAAAUUGAUUUAAGUGGGUAAUAUGUUCAUGUGAGCGGUCUCUGUACUUGUUGAGUCAGGUCCCAUUGGUUUCACCUCAUUUGCGUGGAAUGUGGACUUCAGUAGCAUCAGUCAUGUUCUAUGCAUUCCAGUGCUUUUUCUUUUACUCCGUGACUUGUAAGAAGCCUGCCGUGUUGGGCGAUGCAGUGGCCUGCAGUUUUGCCAACAGAGUAGAGCUACUGCAUCUGCCUGCGUCACAAGAGCUCCCGGUGUGGCCCUUGCUGGUCCUUCGCGUAUUCUAAACUUCACGAACCUGAAAUCAUUUCCGUAGCAUACUCAAGUGUGAGAUACUCUCUCAUUGUCCUCUUGUGUCUCUUCACUCGACCGAUGAUCAACCUCCACCAGUUUGGGUUCUAUUUUAUCAUGCAUACAAGUAAAAACUUUGUACUAUAUUUUAUGAUUUGACAAGGCAUAGACUUUACCCAAUUUUUUAAAUCAGCAUUUCUGUUUUAAGUAUGCGUAUAGUCACAUACACCCCGUGAAGUAAACCCAUUGUAAGGUUCCCAGUGAGUCGUUUCUCGCUUAAGAAACUUGGAAUUUAUGUCCAUUUAAGAACUUCUUAACUCAGAUUUUUGUGAGCCUGAUUUACUGUAAUAAAUGUGAGUCAUAUGCAUAUAGGCAAGUGUGUUGAUUAAGAGCAUGACCAUGAUUUUUUUUUUGCAUGUCACUUGGCUUGUAUUAUGUUUACAGUUGUUUCUUUUUUAUUUCUAUUGAAUAUUUAUUUUUGAACCUAACUACCUGCACUAUGCGCUGUGAAUAAAUACUGGGCUAUGACUGUUUAUCUGUUCGCUAAUAUGUAAGGCUUUGUAAAAUCUCGAAAUUCGAGAAGUUUUGGGAUCUCUAAAGUUGUUUCCCCUUCAAACAGGAAAAGAACAUCCCAGGAUUUAUUUAUGUGAAAGGUUUUUAUUUUCCACUACAUUACGCAAUGUAAACUUAGAUAAAAACUACUACAAUUUCCAGGUUUGACAAAAAAAAAAUGUCCGCUUCAUAGCACAAGAAAAUGUUUGCCCCCUUUUAUUCUACAUCUUGAUCAAACAAACCAAAAAAUAAAUACUUUAAAUGUUAGAACAUGGUAUAAAAAAAACCUUACGAUGUAUGUUUUUAAUAUUAUAAAGGACAUUUCAGGAAAUUUAUUCAUUCUACAAUAAUUACAUACUUGGUAAACAUUCUUUGUUUCAGUAAUUUUUUUUUAUUUAAUUCAUCCCAAUUCCCACCAAAACAUUUUGCUGAACUAAAAAAUCAGCCUUACUAAUAAGCAAAAAAAAAUUGUGCAGAGCAUAAUUAACAUAAUAUUACACUACCAAAAAUAAAUAUUUUUGGUCAGUUGCUUUGGAGUUUUCUUGUUUUGUGUGCAACCCUAGUGUUACCAAACCACAGAGCCUGGGAAGCUUUGUUAAUGUCUAAAUAUUAACUACGUUGUAGCAAAAAAAAAAUUGAAUAAAAGCAUGAUCAAGCCCUUAUACUGCACAGUUGUGCUACAUAAAACUUAUUUUAUUGAGUGUGGUUUGAAGCUUUGUCAAUGUGUGUUGUUUAUUUUCACUCUGUCUAAUUAUGUAAAAAAUCAUAAAAGAUUUUGUAACUAUGUAUUACGAAGCUGAAAACUUUGGUAGUUCUUGUAAGAGAUCUGCAACAUGUAUAAACAGCGCUAACUGCAAUAAAUCUCUACUUCAUCCACCAUAUUGGGCAUCACAUACACACAGUACCUAAUAUUAAAGGCAACAAUUUUAUGAACUGUACUCACAAUAAGUACUUUCAAUAGAAAUGUUUUGAUUUAAACUUUAUUUGGCAUUUUCUAAAUGAGUGUAAAUAAAGCAAAAGAUAUUAAUACAUAUGUAUAUAACACAAAUAAUGUACUGUAUCAAUAAUUUUAUUUUUUAAACUGUAAGAAAUUAAAUAAAUUAUUGACAAGUUAUUACAUAGAAAAUUUUAUUUCAAAUGUAUUGUUUACCUACCAUUCCAACGUUCAAUUUGAUUUCCCUAUACCAGGGGUCGGCAACCUGCGGCUCGCGAGCCACAUGCGGCUCUUUGGAUGUGAAGCUGCGGCUCUUUUGUUCCGUACCAGAAAUACUGCAUUACCAGGUCAUUUAUACAGAAAAUACUUUUUUAUUACAAACCAGUAGUAAGCCUGUUUUUUUUUCCACGCUUGUUAUAUUUUACUAAACAAUAUGUCAUCAAGUAGUUAAAUUAUCAAUUUAAAGCUAUCCACCCCCCAAGGUUUUCGUUUUACUAGUACUUACGGACCCACCCAACAGAUAGCGCCACUUGACGCGCAAACAUGGUUUCAGUUUCCAACAUAUCAGUCGCACUUCUAUAUCUCCCCCCUUGUUCUGUGGUCCGUCGGAAGCUCUCGAAUGACGCCGUCGUCGGUUGUUUAUAUCUAGAAUUUAAUUCGUUUCGACGCAAGACAGUUUGGCGUCUUCACCAGUGAUUUGGCUGUGACGUAUAGUUUGUUGUUUCAAGUAGAAGAGUUCCAAGCGAAUUAUCUUCUCAGAGGUAUGUAUGUACAUAUAUAAUAAUAAUAAAACCGAAGUAAAGCUAGGUAACAUAAUAAGUAUUAUAUUUAUACAUAAUAUGUAUAUAUUACAUAUUUUUUAAAUAAGAUACCUAACUCCUUUUUUGAAGUCAAUAAGAAGUGUCCAAAAAGAAACAAAUUACACUUUUUGAUAUUACCGCGAAAGUGUUUUUAUUAAAAUAGUAAAUUAUUGCAAAACUUGUCAUCUGCUGUUUUGGAUACCUAAAUAAUAAUUUAAAAAAUUCUUUAUUACAGCUUCACCGCAAGCAUGGCAUCUACAAAAAAAUAAAGAGAAGAACUGAAGAAGAGUAUCGAGAAUUCAAUCGGGAUUGGACGGAAUCGUUCGCUUUCAUAUGCAACUCUCAGAUGGCCUUCCGACCUGUCUCAUUUGCCACGAAAAACUCGCACACAAUAAGAAAUCAAAUUUAGAGAGACACCUCACUACAAAACAUACUCAGUUUGCUAGUAAAUAUCCAGCUGGUGAAGAACGAAAAAAAGCUGUCGAUGAGCUCCAAAAACAAAAACAGCAAUCAAGUUCCAUGUUAAGUAACUGGACGCAAUCUACAAGCAAUGUUAAUCUGGCAAGCUUCGCGGUAUCACUAGAAAUCGCAAAAAUAUGCAAACCAUUCACAGAUGGUGAGUAUAUCAAAGAUUGCUUCAUUCGUGCAUCUGAAGAACUGUUUCGUGAUUCCAAAAACAAACCAGAAAUCUUGAAAAAAAUUAAAGAUUUGCCACUAUCCGCUGAAACCGUACAAGACAGAAUAGCAAAAAUGUCACCAAAUGUAACAUAUUAGCAGGAGGAAGACAUUAAACUGGCUUCUGCCUUAUCACUUGCUAUAGAUGAGUCUUGCGACAUAAAAGACACGGCACAAAUUGCCCUUUUUGUUAGGUAUAUGUCUUCCCAAGGUCCAAAAGAAGAACUUCUAGGAUUGCGACCACUCUCGGGACAAACUAGAGGGGAAGAUAUAGCGAAUGCCGUGAAAAAAUGCCUCGAAGAUAAUAAGAUCGAUUUAAAUUUAAAUCGUUUCAAUAGCAACUGAUGGAGCCAGCAGGAUGACGGAAAAA